GUGUGAGUGUGUGUGAGCGCGGGUGUGAGGCGGUGCGCAGGGGCGGGCGGAGGCGCUGUCCGGCCCCGGCCAGGCGCCGGGCAGGGAGCAUGGGAAGAGGCUAGAGCUGCCCGGGCCCUCAGCCCCCUUCCCGGGAUCCGCGCCCCCCACUCCCGGGAGAGGGGCCGGGCCCCCCCGGACGGACAUGGGCUCCUGAAGUUGCGCUGCUGCUGCUGGUCCCGGGAAGAGACCUGACAGGUAAUUAAAUGUGUAUCUUGUGGACCUGGGCUUGGCUGGAAUGUACAAGGGUCCUGAAGUUCCUUCUCUAGCUUCCUUCUGUUGAACUAAUUAAGAGAAGAUGGCAAAAGUCAACAUAACUAGAGACCUCAUUCGUAGGCAGAUCAAGGAGCGGGGUGCCCUGAGCUUUGAACGGCGCUACCAUGUCACUGACCCCUUUAUCCGGCGGCUAGGCCUAGAAGCAGAGCUGCAGGGUCACUCGGGAUGUGUCAACUGUCUGGAGUGGAAUGAGAAAGGAGACUUGCUGGCCUCUGGUUCCGAUGACCAGCACACGAUUGUGUGGGACCCGCUGCACCACAAGAAGCUGCUCUCCAUGCACACUGGACACACUGCAAAUAUCUUCUCUGUCAAGUUCCUGCCUCAUGCUGGAGACCGUAUCUUGAUCACGGGGGCGGCUGACUCCAAGGUGCAUGUGCAUGACCUGACAGUAAAGGAGACUAUCCACAUGUUUGGAGACCACACAAACCGGGUGAAGCGCAUCGCCACGGCACCCAUGUGGCCAAACACGUUCUGGAGCGCCGCCGAGGAUGGGCUUAUCCGCCAGUAUGACCUUCGGGAGAACAGCAAACACUCAGAGGUGCUGAUUGACCUCACAGAGUACUGUGGCCAGCUGGUGGAGGCCAAGUGCCUCACGGUCAAUCCUCAGGACAACAACUGCUUGGCGGUGGGGGCUAGUGGGCCCUUCGUGAGGCUCUACGACAUCCGUAUGAUCCACAACCACAGGACAUUUGGCUUUGUCUAUUUGUUUGACCUGACUUACAAGCAGCGGCCAUACACCUUCCUCUUACCUAGGAAAUGUCACUCCUCAGGGGAAGUCCAGAAUGGCAAGAUGUCCACCAAUGGUGUAUCCAAUGGCAUGUCUAAUGGCCUUCAUCUUCACAGCAAUGGCUUCCGGCUGCCUGAGAGUAGAGGACAUGUCAGUCCCCAGGUAGAGCUGCCCCCAUAUCUGGAGCGUGUGAAGCAGCAAGCCAAUGAGGCUUUUGCUUGCCAGCAGUGGACUCAGGCCAUUCAGCUUUACAGCAAGGCUGUGCAGAAGGCCCCUCACAAUGCUAUGCUCUAUGGAAACCGAGCUGCUGCCUAUAUGAAACGCAAGUGGGACGGGGACCACUACGACGCCCUGCGGGACUGCCUCAAGGCCAUCUCCCUAAACCCCUGCCACCUGAAGGCACACUUCCGCCUGGCCCGCUGCCUCUUUGAGCUCAAGUACGUGGCUGAGGCCAUGGAGUGCCUGGAUGACUUCAAAGGAAAGUUCCCAGAACAGGCCCACAGCAGUGCUUGUGACGCAUUGGGCCGAGAUAUCACAGCUGCCCUCUUCUCCAAGAAUGACGGUGAGGACAAGAAGGGAGCUGGUGGUGGUGGUGGUGGUCCAGUCCGCCUCCGGAGCACAAGCCGCAAGGACUCCAUCUCAGAAGAUGAGAUGGUGCUACGGGAACGGAGCUACGACUAUCAGUUCCGCUACUGUGGUCACUGCAACACCACGACGGAUAUCAAGGAGGCGAAUUUCUUUGGCAGCAAUGCUCAGUACAUCGUCAGUGGCUCUGACGAUGGCUCCUUCUUCAUCUGGGAAAAGGAGACCACCAACCUAGUCCGCGUGCUCCAGGGGGACGAGUCCAUUGUCAACUGCCUGCAGCCACAUCCCAGCUACUGCUUCCUGGCCACUAGUGGCAUUGACCCUGUUGUGCGACUCUGGAACCCUCGACCAGAGAGUGAAGACCUCACAGGCCGAGUUGUGGAAGACAUGGAAGGCGCCUCUCAAGCCAACCAGCGGCGCAUGAACGCGGACCCACUGGAGGUGAUGCUGCUCAACAUGGGCUACCGGAUCACAGGCCUGAGCAGCGGGGGCGCCGGGGCCUCUGACGAUGAGGACAGCUCCGAGGGCCAAGUGCAGUGCCGGCCCAGCUAGAUACGCCUAGCCCCUAGUCUCCAGCCCCAGCCACUGGCUGGGCCCUCCUCCCUGGGCAGGAGGUCAAGGGAUUCUGUUUUGGUUUGUCUUCCACCCCCACCCCCAUUUUUCAUUUCCCCUGUUUUGUUUGUUAGUUUGGCAUUGGGGGUGGGGGUUGCUGCAACUUGCUGGCUUUUACACUCUUGGGCUGAGUGUCCCUUGACUUUUCCCAGCCCUGAGCAGAAAGAAGAGGGGAUGCCCCCUCCGUGUGCCCCCACCUCCUGCUUCCAUGUCCCUGGACGGCUUGGCCUGCCUCAAAACCCUUUCUGUCUUGUGGGGGGCAAGGGCUGCCGCUGUCUUCAAGGACUGCCCUGCCCUUCAGUUGGCAGCCGGAAGGGAGUGGAGCUCCCAGCUAGGCCUGGCCUGUUGCCACUUGCUCUCCUGCCUGCAGGGCUAACUCUCCUCCCUCCUGUGGUCUUCAGGGAAGUCCCUCCACAGCCACCAGCGUCAGGGUGGCAGAAAGGGAGGGGGAAGCCCUGGAGUGGGCACGGCCAGCCACAUGCCCUGGUGGCAGUGGAACUUCUCACUUCCCCUCCUGGGCAUCAGCUCUGCUGCCCAGGCCUACUCAUGCUGGCCACCUCUGGGGGCCCUGCCCUUUCUGAGGGACCUGGUGGGGGUCUGGGCACUGCAUCCACGCAGCCACUUUGUGCACCGUGGCCACUCUCCUGGGGCGCUCCUUGGCCUCACUGUGACCUUUCUGCCAGAGCUCCCAGCCAGGCCGGCUCUGCCCUCUCUGCCCUCUUUCCCACCCCACAUGCUGAGCCGCCACAAAGACCAAAGAAGUGAUGGCUUUUCUAGGUCCCCCUGCUGCUCUGGGGAGAGGGGGUGGGAAAGUCUCCAGCUCAGCCCCCUCCCUCCUCAGCAGCCCCAAGCUUUACACUGGAUGCAGCAGUGGUUACCCCACCAAGCCCCUCCUCCCUCUGCCCCCUUGGCUCCUGGCUCUGGAGCUACUUGGGUAGUUGGUUCGUCCUCCCUCCCUCCCUCCCCCUCCCCUCUGUGCUUCCUUGGCUCCAGCCCUCCAGCUGCAGCCUCUGGGGAGAAGCAGCCUCCCUUCCUCCCUCUCUCCCUCCCGCCCUCCCUCGCCCCUGUCUCUGCCAGGUGCCUCCUCUCAGUCAGGCUUCAGAGCAGCCCUGGAGACAGGAGGGCCAUGUUAAAAGCUUUUUCACAGUUUUAAGAAGACAGGGUAGGGGGUGGGGGUGAAACUAGUGGUGGGGGGUCUGGCACCAUCUCAUUGCUUUAAUCCCAGCGACACAGGUGGCAGCUUCUCCCCCUGCCUGCCCACCCCAGUCUCUCUUCCCACCCCUCUUCUAGCUUGGUAAUGAAGUAUAUUUAUUGGUGAAGGGAACAGCUGCUGCUGCUUCUCCCGCUGCUGGGACUCACUCCCCUGUCUCUUCUCCAUGACCUUUCUCUAGCUGGGGAGUGGGGAUAAUGGGGCUAGGCCCUGGGACAUAAGAACUGGCCAGGGCCCCUUGGUUUCCUGUGUUCCAGCCACCCACCAUUUCUUCCCUUCCUGCCUCCUGCCUCCCACCUCCCACCCCUGCCUGCCCUGCCUGGGCCCUGCAGUGUGGAGAGACACAUAAGCCUUACUGUCCUCCGGGGCAGGAGCCGAGCCUUUUUGUUGCUCUGCUCCCAGGAGAGUGAGGGUGACGCAAUUGAUUAAAACCAUUUUGUUCUA